AUAAAUAACCCGGUCGGCUGCAGUGUGGUGGAUUGAUUUGUGAGUGUUUGUUGUGCAGUCGUUCGAGUCUCACUAUUGAUCUCGUAACCUUCGAUUCAUUGCUCUAAAGGACUUUCACACAACUAUAAAAAAUCUGACCAACCAUGCUGAUACGGCUCCACCAAAAGUCACUGCUGCGCUCCUUCAAAACCCUAAAGCACCACCCCAAAUGGAACUACUCCACCAAAGUAGAAUACAAGCCGAUUAGGAGCGUCCUGGUGGCGAACAGAGGAGAAAUAGCCGUCAGAGUUUUUCGAGCGUGCAACGAACUGGGAAUAAAAUCUGUAGCGAUCUACUCCAAAGAAGACAGAGCCCACAUUCACAGGCUGAAGGCCGACGAAAGUUACUUGGUAGGAGAGGGACUGCCCCCUGUACAGGCAUACCUCAACAUACCCGAGAUAAUUAGGAUUUGUAAAGAUAAUGGUAUAGAUGCCGUGCAUCCUGGAUAUGGGUUCCUGUCCGAGAGGUCAGAUUUUGCUCAAGCAGUUAUCGAUGAAGGAAUCAGAUUCAUCGGGCCUUCGCCAAAGGUGGUGUACCAGAUGGGAGACAAAGUUGCGGCGAGAGAGGCUGCUAUUGCUGCCGGAGUACCUAUAGUUCCUGGAACCGAUGGACCUAUCACAACUAAAGAGGAAGCAAAGGAGUUUUGCGUGAAACAUGGCCUGCCGGUUAUAUUCAAAGCCGCGUACGGUGGUGGAGGGAGGGGAAUGAGGGUCGUUAGAAAUAUGAACGAGGUCGAAGAAAAUUUCCAAAGGGCCUCUUCUGAGGCGUUGAGUGCCUUCGGAAAUGGGGCGAUGUUCAUCGAGAAGUUCAUCGAGAGACCCCGCCACAUUGAGGUUCAGUUAUUGGGUGACAAGGCUGGAAAUGUGGUACAUCUUUACGAACGCGACUGCUCCGUGCAAAGGAGACACCAAAAAGUUGUCGAGAUAGCACCAGCCCCCCAUUUGGACACCAGAAUCAGGGAUCAAAUGACCGAUUUGGCGGUGAAGUUGGCGAAGCACGUGGGAUAUGAAAAUGCCGGUACCGUUGAGUUUUUAUGCGACGAAAAGGGCAAUUUUUACUUUAUCGAAGUGAAUGCUAGAUUGCAGGUGGAACAUACAGUUACCGAAGAAAUCACAGGCAUUGACUUGGUACAGUCGCAGAUUAGAAUUGCGGAAGGAAUGACUCUCCCCGAACUAGGAAUUCAUCAGGAAACAAUCAAGCAUGAUGGCUUCGCAAUCCAAUGUCGAGUGACCACGGAAGACCCCGCGAAGAAUUUCCAGCCGGACACCGGAAGGAUCGAAGUAUUCCGUUCUGGAGAAGGUAUGGGUAUCCGUUUGGACGGCGCUUCUGCUUUCGCGGGCGCCAUAAUUUCUCCCUACUACGACUCGCUGCUCGUCAAAGUGAUCGCCCAUUCGAAAGACCUACAGUCAUCCUGUGCCAAGAUGAACCGAGCCCUCAGAGAGUUCCGAGUGAGAGGGGUCAAAACCAAUAUUCCGUUUUUGCUAAACGUGCUGGAGAACCAGAAGUUUUUGAACGGUUCCGUAGACACUUACUUCAUCGAUGAGCAUCCGCAGUUGUUCAAAUUCGCCCCCACCAGGAAUAGGGCUCAGAAACUGUUGAACUACUUGGGGGAAGUGUUGGUCAAUGGGGCGCAAACCCCUCUGGCGACGGGGUUGAAGCCUGCCGAUAUCAAACCACAUGUUCCCAGCGUGUCACAUGAGUACCUAGCGAAGAGCCCCCAGCAAGAUUCAACAGAAGCUGGCCGUUUGGCAGGAAUUGGUCGUGUUCCACUUGAUUAUGCUCACCAGUCUCUUCUGGCUACGAGGGUGCGAUCCCACGACUUGCUGAAGAUUUCUCCGUUCGUGACCCACAACUUCAGUCAGUUGUACUCUUUGGAAAAUUGGGGCGGAGCCACCUUCGACGUGGCGCUCAGGUUCCUGCACGAAUGUCCUUGGGAACGGCUGGAGGAAAUGAGGAAGUUGAUCCCCAAUAUUCCUUUCCAGAUGUUGCUCAGAGGGGCGAACGCAGUUGGUUAUACGAAUUACCCCGAUAACGUUGUCUUCAAGUUUUGCGAGUUGGCGGUUCAAACCGGAAUGGACGUCUUUCGAGUUUUCGAUUCUUUAAAUUAUUUACCAAAUCUGAUUGUCGGGAUGGAAGCCGCAGGGAAAGCUGGUGGAAUAGUCGAGGCAGCCAUAUCUUACUCCGGUGAUGUCAGCGAUCCAAAUAAAAAGAAGUAUGAUUUGAAAUAUUACUUGAAAAUAGCUGAUGAACUGGUUAAGGCUGGAACGCACGUAUUGGCUAUUAAAGAUAUGGCAGGAUUACUCAAACCAAAGGCUGGCAAAAUGCUCGUAACCGCUAUCCGAGACAAAUACCCAGACCUUCCGAUCCACAUCCACACCCACGAUACCAGCGGAGCGGGUGUAGCAUCAAUGUUGGCAUGUGCCGAAGCUGGUGCAGAUGUCGUUGACGUCGCCGUGGAUUCCAUGUCCGGAUUGACGAGCCAGCCGAGCAUGGGAGCUAUAGUUGCCAGUUUAAUAGGGACCGAUCUCGAUACCGGUUUCACAUUACCCAAAAUUUCUGAGUACUCUGCGUACUGGGAACAAACCAGGACGCUUUAUGCCCCCUUCGAGUGUACCACGACAAUGAAGAGUGGCAACGCGGACGUGUAUGGAAAUGAAAUACCUGGUGGACAGUAUACCAAUUUGCAGUUCCAGGCUUAUUCUCUAGGUCUUGGCGACUUCUUUGAAGACGUGAAAAAAGCCUAUGCAGAAGCAAACAUUCUCCUCGGAGAUAUCAUCAAAGUCACCCCCUCCUCCAAAGUUGUAGGGGAUCUCGCCCAAUUCAUGGUCCAAAACAAACUCACCUCGAAAGAUGUGCUUGACAAAGCCGAAGAACUGUCAUUCCCCAAGUCAGUGGUGGAAUACCUCCAGGGACACAUCGGCCAGCCUUACGGAGGCUUCCCCGAACCCCUCCGAUCCAAAGUGCUCAGAAACAUGCCCCGCAUCGAAGGCCGGCCAGGGAAGAGUUUGCCUCCUCUUGAUUUUGGCGCGCUGGAGAAGGAUCUGAAAGAAACCUUUCCACAUGCGUCAGAGAAAGACGUUAUGUCUGCAGCUCUCUAUCCCCAAGUGACCAACGAGUACUUAACUUUCUCAGAGAAGUACGGACCAGUGGAUAAACUUGACACGAGAGUGUUCCUAGUCGGCCCGAAGGUAGGGGAAGAAUUCGAGGUGACAAUAGAAAAAGGAAAAACGCUGGGGAUCAAGACUCUUGCCGUAGCUGAGGACCUCACUGAAAACGGAGAGAGGGAAGUCUUCUUUGAACUGAACGGAACGCUGCGGUCGGUCAUGAUCAGAGACAAAGAUGCCGGAAAAGAAAUGCAUCUACACCCGAAAGCUGACAAAACUAACAAAAAACAGGUGGGAGCGCCCAUGCCAGGAACCAUCAUCGACAUCAGAGUGAAGGUCGGGGAAAAAGUGGAGAAGGGAACUCCCUUGGUCAUCCUGUCCGCUAUGAAAAUGGAGACUGUGGUGCAAAGCCCCGUGGAAGGGGUCAUCAAGAGUUUGGAUGCCACGAUGGGAAUGAAGUUGGAAGCCGAAGAUUUGAUAGCCACCAUGGAGUAGCGAGGAACGUAGAUUUCCGUCAGACAUACAUCACUGUUUGGCUGUGCUAGGAGAAGGUUUGCUUCUUUGUUGAAUUCCUUAAUUGUUAAGUUUACGAUUUGUUGAAUUUUUAUACUUAAUUUUUCAAUAUUUGAAAUGAUUUAUACAAUAUUAUCUUUGAUCAUGUGAGUAGUAAUUUGUUUAUUCUAUUUUGAAAUAUAUUUUUAUACAGUU